GCCCAUGUCUCCAUGGUGACGGAGCCUAUCCCCGCCCCCUGGCCGGGCCGGGUAGGGCCCAGCUGUUGGAGUGAGGGAAGGGAGAGCCCGUGUGUGUCCGGGCAGUGGGGAGGAAUAGAACCGAGCUGAGGGCUGGAGAGUGAGAAAGGAAAGGAACAGUGAUCGCCCCCGGGAGCGAUAGAUAGAUAGAGAUAGUUAGUUAGAUAGAUAGAUAGAUAGAUAGAGAGAGAGAUUUACUGCAGUCGCUCCGGUGGUUUGAUAUUUGAAAUUAGCCGAGUAUCUCUCUCUCUCUCUCUCUCUCAUGUGCCGCUGGUGUUGUGCGAGACGGCGGCGGCGGUGCUGGUGGUGGCCGGGCUCGGGACGGCGCUGGCCGGCUCCUGCCUUGCUCUCUCUGCCGCUCCUUGCCCUGCUCCUCCUGCUGGGGGUGGGAUCGAGCGGCAGCCGCUCGGAGAAUGUGGCCGCUCCGUGCCCGGCCGUCUGCCGCUGCGAGGGCGAUGGUGGAGCCGCGCUCCGGGUCGACUGCUCCGGCCGAGGAUUGACCACCGUCCCGCAAGGCCUCAGCAUCUUCACCUUCUUCUUGGAUACCAGCAUGAACAACAUAACUGAGCUGCAACCUGAUUCCUUCAAAAAUCUCCCAUACCUUGAGGAACUGCGGUUAGCUGGCAAUGACCUGUCUUACAUUCACCCAGAGGCUUUGUCUGGUCUGUACCAACUGAAAGUUUUAAUGCUUCAGAACAACCAGUUGAAAACUGUACCAAGUGAAGCCCUAAAAGGACUGUCUACACUACAGUCACUGCGUUUGGAUGCAAACCACAUCACAUCUGUUCCUGAAGACAGCUUUGAGGGUCUAGUUCAACUGCGGCACCUUUGGCUUGAUGAUAACAGCCUAACUGAAGUUCCGGUCUAUCAACUAAGCAAACUACCUUCACUACAAGCUCUAACACUGGCGUUGAACAAAAUUACACACAUACCCAACUUUGCCUUUGCAAAUCUCUCCAGUCUUGUUGUAUUACAUCUUCACAAUAAUAAAAUUGAUAAAGUAGACAUACAUUGCUUUGAUGGGCUUGACAAUCUGGAGACACUGGACUUGAAUUACAAUAAUCUGAAGGAGUUUCCUGAAGCUAUCAAGUCUCUUCAGAAUCUGAAAGAGCUUGGUUUCCACAGUAACAACAUUGCAGUAAUUCCAGAUAAAGCUUUCAGUGGGAAUCCUUUGCUUCGGACUAUACACCUGUAUGAUAACCCAAUCUCUUCUGUGGGGAUUUCUGCUUUUCAAAAUUUGUCUGAACUCCAGUCACUCACCUUGACAGGAACCAGAAUAAGCAAAAUCCCACCUGAUUUGUGCCAACAACUGAAGAUGCUCAGAUUUUUGGAUUUGUCAUAUAAUCAGAUAGAGGAACUGCCAAGUUUCCAGGGCUGCUCAGCAUUGGAAGAAAUUUCCUUAAAGCACAAUGAAAUCGAAGAGAUCAAAAUAGAGACAUUCCAGGGACUGGUGUCUCUGCAUUUGCUUGACCUAAGUAAAAACCAGAUCUCUACAAUUCACAAGAAUGCAUUAAUUUCUUUGACUGAACUUGCUAACUUAGACUUAAGUUCCAAUCGAUUAAGUUAUUUCCCAACAGCCGGGCUAAUAGGUCUAAAUCAACUUAAACUUUCUGGGAAUGCUGGCCUGAAGGAAUUGCUGAUACCAGAGGACCUCCCUCGGCUCAGGACAUUGAUGGUUCCAUAUGCUUAUCAGUGCUGUGCAUUUAGUAGCUGUGAAACCCAUCAAGCUGUAAAACCUGAAGGCAUCAAAUAUCAGGAAGCAAAUAUUCCACCAUCAGAAAAGAAGACUGGUCAAAGUGUGGAUGUUGAGAUUAAAAACGAAGAAGACAAGAUCCCAUCCACAGUGCACUGUACUCCAUCUCCAGGUGCAUUCAAACCAUGUCAACAAUUGUUGGGAAGCUGGAUGAUUCGUCUGACUGUAUGGUUCAUCUUUCUAGUGGCACUAAUUUUCAACAUAGUCGUUGUCUUAACAACGUUUGCAUCACGUGCGCCAUUGUCUUCUGCAAAGCUGUUUGUGGGUCUAAUUGCAGCAGCCAAUCUCUUAAUGGGAGUGUAUACUGGUACCCUGACUAUCCUAGAUUCAGUCUCUUGGGGAAAAUUUGCUCGAUUUGGUGCCUGGUGGGAGACAGGAAGUGGCUGCAAAGUUGCUGGAUUCCUUGCCAUGUUCUCUUCCGAAGCAUCCAUUUUCUUCCUUACCCUGGCAUCUUUUGAACGGACUCUGACUACACGUGACUUAAUCAAAAAAGGGAAAAGCCAUCGUUUGAUACAUUUUCAGAUAGCUGCUGCCUUUGCUGUCUUGGUUGCUGCAGUAAUAGCUUGCCUUCCAUGGUUUCAUAUUGGAGAAUUCUCAGCAUCUCCGCUCUGUUUGCCCUUCCCCACUGGUGAGUCUCCUUCCCUGGGUUAUACAGUAACUCUGGUGUUGCUAAACUCAAUAGCCUUCCUGCUAAUGGCAGUUGUCUACACAAAGCUCUACUGCAACUUGGAAAAAGAGGAUCUUGCAGAAAAUUCUCAGUCAAGUAUGAUUAAGCAUGUUGCCUGGUUAAUUUUCACCAACUGCAUUUUCUUCUGUCCUGUUGCUUUUUUUUCAUUUGCACCUCUUAUCAGUGCAAUUUCCAUCAGCCCUGAAAUAAUGAAAUCUGUAACACUAAUCUUCUUUCCAUUGCCUGCUUGUCUGAACCCUGUUCUGUAUGUUUUCUUCAACCCACGAUUCAGAGAAGACUGGAAUAUGUUGAAAUGGCACCCAAAACAAAAAGACAAAUCUGUUGCAGUUACAGUAAAUGCUCAAAGCAGCUGUGUGUCACCGGAAUUCUUCUAUGACUGCGGAGUGUAUACCCACCUACAGGGUAAUCUCACUGUUUGUGACUGUUGCGAAUCAUUGUUAUUGACGAAACCUUCAACAUGCAAACACUUAGUGAAGUCACAUAGCUGCCCAGCCCUGGCUGUGGUACCUUGCCAGCGGCCCAACGGCUACUGGUCAGACUGUGGGACUCAGUCUGCUCAUUCAGAAUAUGCUGAUGAGGGAGACUCCUUUGUUUCAGAUAGUUCCGACCAAGUACAGGCCUGUGGGAGAGCCUGCUUCUAUCAAAGUCGGGGAUUUCCUUUGGUUCACUAUGCGUAUAAUAACCCAAGGAUCAAAGACUAAUUGCAGAAGACUUAAAUGCCAAGAAGGUACAUGUAUGAACACUUAGAAACAAACUAACUUUUCCUCGUGUGAACUUUUAUUCUGGGAAGCACUUUUUCUUCAAUCUGACAGUUGUCAAAAGAAAAGGGAAUCACAUUCAGUCAGUUUUAUUUUGAGCCAUCUGUUCUUACAAAAAGAGAAUCGCCCAAACAGAUUAAUUUUAUGUGUGUAUGUGUUUGGUAUAUAACAACGGUGUUUAUAAACUUAUUGACAAGAAAGAUUUAUUUUUAAAAAAUAGCUACUAUUUUUAUGGUGCAUUCUGUCUAAUAGUCAUGCAAUUUUGCUGUGUUUUUGUCCUUUAAAGUAGCUGUUUGCUUAUAUUUACAGUUGUGUCUCUUAAUGGAAAAUUCACUGCCAGAUUGUAUUGCUGUUUCUUCACAUGUUCCCUGCUGAGUAACUUAACACUUGCCUGCAUUGAAGAAUAAACAGAAGCUCCACUCAGUUAGCAUAAACAAAUGUGAAUACCAUACUUUCGGAUUCAUCACUUGUAGUUCCUCAGGAGGUUAGAAGAUGCCAAAAAUUACUUCCAAACUGAAAUUUCAGGAAUGGGUUGUAGAUACUGUGCAUAUGACACAUUUUCAAAUUUGUAUUGUAAAUUAUUGGAUGAAAAUAUAAAGGGGUAUUCUUUUAUGUACUCAUUUUAAGUAAUGGUAACUACCUCUUAAAUAAAGUUGACCACCAGUAGCUGUUUACCCGAUUGUGGUCUAUAUACAUUACAUGGUUUUAACAAUUCUUGUCUUGUAAAAUACUUUUGGAUGUACAUUAUCACCAUGUUAUAAAAAUAAAGCAGAAUCUUUGUAAAUCAA